ACUUUAAGGAGCAGCAGCAAGAAGUCUUCUUCCUACCUGUCUGCUGCCAUCACUGCUGAGCUCAUGUGCACUAAUCUCAUCUUUCUCAUUGAUUAGUUUGACUCGUGUUCAGGCAGGUGGGAGUGAGCAUUUAAGCAACUCUGGUUAGAGCAUGGACAGCCAGGGGAGGAAAGUGGUGGUCUGUGACAAUGGGACAGGGAUCUUACUGACAGAACCCCCCAUGAACCCCACAAAGAACCGCGAAAAAAUAGCCGAGGUCAUGUUUGAAAAGUAUCAGUUCCAUGGCAUCUAUGUGGCGAUUCAGGCUGUGCUCACUCUGUACGCCCAGGGUUUGCUCACGGGUGUGGUUGUGGACUCAGGAGACGGUGUCACCCACAUCUGUCCGGUUUACGAGGGCUUUUCGUUACCACACCUCACUCGCAGGCUGGACAUCGCAGGACGUGACAUCACUCGCUACCUGAUUAAACUCCUGCUGCUGCGCGGAUACGCCUUCAACCACACGGCUGACUUUGAGACUGUGCGACUACUGAAGGAGAGUCUCUGCUACGUGGGAUACAACAUUGAGCAGGAGCAGCGUCUGGCCACAGAGACCACCUUCCUGGUUGAGUCCUACAUGCUUCCUGACGGGCGGCAGGUGAAUGUGGGCGGGGAACGUUUUGGGGCCCCUGAAGCUCUUUUCCAGCCUCAUCUCAUCAACGUGGAGGGAGUCGGCGUGGCUGAGCUGCUGUUCAACACCAUCCAGGCUGCGGACAUCGACCUCAGGGCGGACUUCUACAAGCACAUCGUUCUGUCGGGCGGGACCACCAUGUACCCCGGCCUCCCAUCCAGACUAGAGAGAGAGAUCAAGCAGCUCUACCUGGAGAGGGUUCUGAACGGAGACACGGAGAAACUAUCCAAGUUCAAGAUUCGAAUCGAGGAUCCUCCGCGGCGUAAACACAUGGUGUUCCUGGGGGGCGCGGUGCUGGCCAACAUCAUGAAGGACAAGGACUCCUUCUGGCUGAGCAGACAGGAGUACCAGGAGAAAGGUCUGGGAGUCCUGCAGAAGCUGGGAGGUGGAAUCAGAUGAAACAAAACCAGGAGCAAGAAGAAAACAAAAAAAAGGCUUCGAGUUUACUCCGCUUUUCAUGACAGCUCCGCCCCUUUUAUGGCCCCGCCUCCUAAAACAUCUCUUCC